ACGAAAUAUUUAAAAAUUUAGAUGAGAGACAUAAAAUGAAAGCACAAGUCGAGGAAAAUAAAGCCCUAGAGGGCACCUCUAAAACCCAGGAACUCUGCAAAAUCUUGCAAAAACGGCUGAAGAAGGGUGAAGAAAACAAUAUCAGUCAUUUAGAACACGAAGAUAUAAUUUAUGAUGAUCCCCAGAUCAUUAGUGAACUCCUGAGUGAGUGGUUCUCCAAUAACACCAAAGCACAUCCGUCCCCAAUUCUCGACAUAACCUGCAAAAAUAACUACAAGUUAGGUGAAAUAAACUUUAAUAUACAAAAUAUAGCAUCGGCGGUAAGGACAUUAAAAGCUAACAGUAGUUGUGGGAUAGACGAUAUACCAUCCGUCAUAUACAAAAACGGUGGUACGGAUAUGAUUGUAUUAUUACUUAGAAUAUUUAAUAUCUCACUAGUGACCGAAACCUACCCUGAAACUUGGAAAAACACAUAUAUAUUACCUAAGCAUAAAGGAGGGGCCAAAACUAGUGCAUGUAAUUAUAGGCCUAUCAAUAUAACACCAGUCAUAUCAAGGAUCAUGGAGAAAGUAAUCAAAGACCAAAUGUCAGACUACUUUCUAAAACAUAAACUCAUCAACCUGUCACAACACGGAUUCCUCAAGAAAAGAUCUUGCGUCACUUGCCAUAUAGACUUUUUCAACGAAGUCACCUAUAGAAGAGAUAGGAGAGAGCUAGUGAUUAUCCUCUAUUUCGAUAUAAGGAAAGCCUUCGACAGAGUCCCACAUAGUCUGUUAGUCGGUAGGCUAUGCUCACUAGGGAUACGCAACCCCCUCUACAAUUGGAUAAAAUCAUUUCUGUAUGACAGGAAUCAGACAACUAAAGUUGGCUCAAUGACCUCCAGACCUAGACCAAUCAGCAGUGGUGUCAUCCAGGGGAGUGUAUUGGGACCCCUUCUUUUCAUUAUAUACAUAAACAGUAUAUGUGAAUGUUUUAGUAUAGGCAAGCCAAUACUGUAUGCAGAUGACUUGAAGGUGACAUAUACCUGCACAAAUACAGAUAUCGGCCCAACUAUGAACUCCAUACAUGAAGAAUUAGCAAAAAUGGAUAGAUGGUGUGACACGUGGAGACUUGAGUUUAAUGUUGAAAAGUGUGGAUGGCUCUGCAUAGGCUGUUCCAACCUUGACCUCAACCUAGCAAUUCAGGGCCACAAAAUCCCCAGACUCAAAUCUGUACUAGACCUAGGACUGAAAUAUUCACACAAUCUAUCAUUUUCAGAGCAUAUCUCGAAUCAAGUGUCGAAAUCACGAAGGCUUAUUGGUUUCCUACUCAGGAACUUCUACAGAAACGAGUCCAGAAUACUACUGUACAAGGUAUGUGUGCGCCCACUCCUAGAUUACUGCUCAUUCAUAUUCAGCAGUACACGCAUAGAAGACAAACUGAAAGUAGAAGGAGUACAGAGGUACUUCACGCGAAAAGUACUCGGAACCGAUAACGGCACAAACUACUCUACCAGAUGUGAAAUCCCGGGACUAGAAACAUUAUGGUUAAGGCGACUGCGACUAAAUCUGUUACUCUUCUAUAAGCUUCUUAACCAAAUAGUGUAUACCCCUGCUAACUAUACUCGGUUCUCAGGUAACACAGGAUACAACCUUAGGCACACUAAAGGUACAGUGGCUAUAGAACCAUGUAAAACAGCCACCAGGCAAAAGUUUUUCUUGAUUAGGUAUGCCCAAAUAUGGAACAAACUACCUGAGAAAAUACGACUAGCAAGCACAUUGGCCUCCUUUGAAAAGGCACUUAAUGACACACUAAGUGAGUUUGUAAUUGAUACCAAUGGUAAUUCCCAUGUAAGAGUUUCAGAAAUCAUAGGCCCAUUUAAUGUAUGAACUCAGAGACUACACCUGUUGUUUGUUUUGUCUCUAUUUAUAAUUCCAGACAAAAAAGCAGCAGUCAUGACAAUAACACCCAUUCAACCAAGAGUCGAUCAAACUAUGUCUACCUGAUACAAAGGGCGAACCAUAAUCAACAUACGAAUGAAAUAUGAGAAAACAAGGUAGAAACUUACCGCAACACCACAUGAAAAGAUAAAAGUUACUUGGAUAUCAUUUAUAAUCCACCAACUGGUCUCCUACCCAAAAAGAAUGCGGCGAUGUUUUAUCCAAAAAGGCGAGGAAAUACAUAAACCCACAGCAGCUGUUGUUAACACUCAGUGGGGGUAGGAGCCAACAAAGUAAUCCUUUCAAAGCAUAUGUAUACUUCAAAUGGGCACGGAGACUUUGUAGAAUA